AUAAAUGAUAAGCAUUUUGAAUCAUCAAUCACGGUUUAAAAAUGAUGAAUAACACGAAUUUACGAUAGACAAUUACUUAUUAAACAUUUAUACUUUUAAAUUUUAAUGACUGGGCACAAACGUCGAUCACUCGAUACAACAAUGAACAAAGUACUAACUACGAAUGACAUUCUUUAAUAGAUUAAAGUUUAUAAUUUUGACUACAAAUUUAUUAACAAAAUUAUUUUGUUGUUCAAUUCAUUAAUAAUUGAAGAAGAUAUGGCUGCCAUUAAAGAAGAUAGUGCAAUAAAGAUACGUAAGAAAAAGAAAACAGCCAAAGAUACUAGUUCUUAUACAACUAUUCUUACUUCCAAAAUUUUAAGCGAUGCAGUUGAUUCAUCACAAUUGAAAAGAUUGAUGAAAAUAACUAAAAAGACAAAAAGAAUAGAAAAGAAAAGUCCUAAUAAGGCAGUGUUAAAAGUAAGUAAAAUAGUACUGGAAGAUGUGACAGAACAAACACAACUAGUUGCCAACAAUACUAAACCCAAUGAACCUCAAAAAAUUGCACGCACACAUUUUGUAUGUUCUUUUUGCUCUAAAACAUUUGAGUUUCAAUCUUUAUUAAAGAGACACAUUAUAAUACACACAAAUGAUAAACCAUUUGAAUGCAUAAUUUGUGCAAGUUCAUUUACUCAACAAAGAUCUUUAGAUGAUCACUUCAAAAUACAUACUGGUGAAAAAUCUUUUAAAUGCCAAAUUUGUGGCCUCGUAUUUUCAAAAAAAUCAAACUUACAAACACACGAAAAAAUACAUACUGAUAAAACUUUUUACUCGUGCGAGUUUUGUACAAAAACAUUUAAGCAUUCUUGUGCAUUGGUUACUCAUCGUAGGACUCACACCGGUGAAAAACCAUAUGAAUGUGAUGUGUGUUUGAAAUCAUUUUCAAAAAAAUAUGGGUUAGAUGUACACUAUCGAAUUCAUACUGGUGAAAGACCCUACUCAUGUGGAAGUUGUGAGUCUUCAUUUUUAACCAACAGCGAUCUUAAGAGACAUAUGAAAAGAUUGCACAAAUCAUAAUUAACAGAUUCUGUACUCAUUUUUGAUUUGAUCACAGAAUAAAAAAUGAAGUACUUAAUUGUUUAUUAAAAUUUUGAUCGCCAUAAUUUAAAGUGGAAUUUUAUACAUAUGUUAAAUAUUUUCAAUACUAUA